UGCCAAUGCCAUCCCAGCGCUCUAGCCUGAUGCAGUCAAUCCCAGAGGAGACCCGCAAGACCCCUUCUGUUGCAGCAGAGGAUACACGGUGGUCCAGGCCUGAAUGCCAGGCAUGGACAGGGAUGCUGCUCCUGGGCACCUGCCUGCUGUACUGCACCCGUGUCACCAUGCCCGUCUGUACUGUUGCCAUGAGCCAGGACUUUGGCUGGAACAAGAAGGAGGCUGGUAUCGUGCUCAGCAGCUUCUUCUGGGGCUACUGCCUGACACAGGUGGUGGGCGGCCACCUUGGGGAUCGCAUCGGAGGUGAGAAGGUCAUCUUGCUGUCAGCCACCGCCUGGGGCUUCAUUACUGUUACCACACCACUGCUUGCCCACCUCGGCAGCGGCCACCUGGCCUUCGUGACAUUCUCUCGAAUCCUCACGGGUUUACUCCAAGGUGUCUACUUUCCAGCCCUGACCAGUUUGCUGUCCCAGAGAGUGCAGGAGAGCGAGAGAGCCUUUACCUACAGCACUGUGGGUGCUGGCUCCCAGGUCGGGACCCUGGUGACUGGGGGCGUAGGCUCUGUGCUCCUGGACCAGUGUGGCUGGCAGAGUGUCUUCUACUUCUCAGGCGGCCUCACCUUGCUCUGGGUGUACUACGUGUACAGGUACCUGCUGAAUGAGAAAGACCUUGUCCUGGCCCUGGGUGUCCUGGCACAAGGCCUACCUGUGACCAGGCCCUCCAAAGUGCCCUGGAGACAACUCUUCCGGAAGGCCUCUGUCUGGGCAGCAAUCUGCUCUCAGUUGUCCUCAGCUUGCUCCUUCUUCAUUCUACUUUCCUGGCUACCCACCUUCUUCAAGGAGACCUUCCCCAACUCCAAGGGCUGGGUCUUCAAUGUAGUCCCCUGGCUGUUGGCGAUCCCUGCCAGUCUCUUCAGUGGGUUCAUUUCUGACCGUCUCAUCAGUCAGGGUUACAGAGUCAUCACAGUGCGUAAGCUCAUGCAGGUGAUGGGCCUUGGUCUGUCAAGCAUUUUUGCCCUGUGUCUGGGUCAUACCACAAGCUUCCUUAAGGCUAUGAUCUUUGCAUCAGCUUCCAUUGGCUUCCAGACCUUCAACCACAGUGGUAUUUCAGUCAACAUUCAGGACCUGGCCCCAUCCUGUGCUGGCUUCCUGUUUGGUGUAGCCAACACUGCAGGGGCCUUAGCAGGUGUGGUAGGCGUGUGUCUGGGUGGCUACCUGAUUGAGACUACUGGCUCCUGGACCUGUGUGUUCCACAUGGUGGCCAUCAUCAGCAACCUGGGGCUGGGCACCUUUCUGGUGUUUGGGAAGGCGCAGAGGGUGGACGUGCUCCCCACUCAUGAGGACCUCUAACUCCCUGACGAUCUAGUCCCACCCAGGACCCGAUGUCAGCAGCCUGAGGACAACAACUCUGUCAGUGAAACUAUGUAUAAGACCUGGGUCUCCUGGGAAAUCCAAACGGGUUGGAGAGAUAGGUAGGCCUGAAUACACACAGGCCUGGGUCAGGAGGAGGGUCAUGGCUCCGUGUCUGCUUGCUAGUUUUGCCCUCUCUCAGGUUCAGUGGGACUGCUGCUUUUAUGGAAGCCGCAUUGCUGAUGAGAGGUCUCCCCAGCCCCAGUCAAUGAGGGUUGUUUCUCUGACAAGAUUGCUCCGUGUUAAGGAUGUUUUGUGUGCUGGUAGAUGUCCAGGAGCGGCUCUGACCCCCCACCUACUCCAGGCAUCUUCCUACCUCCAUCUCUCCAAUAACGAUGACCUAAGAUGUCUGUAGACAUUAGACCAUGUCUCGUUCGUAAGACAGGCUCACUAGAACCACCAUUCAAAACCAUAGGGAAGCCAUGGUUUCUGCUUUUCUCCAGAAGGCAGGCUGCCAUUCCAGCUUGGCCAGUGUGCAGUAGGCUAGAGGUCCUUGGCUGCUUUUGCAGACCCCAGUUCCUGUCCUGUGGAUCUCUCAGCACUACUGAUGUGUCCUGGGUUGGCAGGUGCCUGGCAGUCCUCUGGCUUUGCCUGGACACUCCAGACAUCACAGACCCCAGAACAAGGUGGAACCCCCUCUCACUUCUGGCCUUGUUUUUCUACCUCCCCAUUUUUCCUUGUAGAGCUUGUGGUUUCAUGAGCUGAUAAUGAAUUCUCCAAGAUGCUUAUUAGAUUUUCUUUAUAGAUAGGGCAGAGUCUUUAUAGGUAGAGUCUUAUUUAAGUGAAAACUAUUAAACUAUUUAAGAUAA